UCGUCGUCCUUCUAACCGGCGAUCACCGACAAUCUUUCGUAUCACGGAUAUCAACCGCGUUCGGCUUUUAGAUUCUUGAAGGGGAGAAAGAAUAUCGAAAUUAUUUUUUCGAAUAAUCGGUGAAAAGAAGAUUGAAUAUUCGUAUGGAACUAUUUGUGGAAGCUUGAUAAUCGUCGAUUAUUAUUAUUGUUAUUAUUAUUAUUAUUAUUAUUAGUAUUAUUAUUAUUAUAUUAUUAUUAUUAUCAUUAUUAUCAUUAUCAUUAUUAUUAUUAUUAGUAUUUUUCUUUUUUUUGUCAUUAAAAGGAAGAGUUUGUAAUGAAAUCUUUAGUGAAAUUGUGAAAAAGAGAAAACUGGAGAGAAAGGAAGAUAGAUAAAUAAAGAAAGAGAGAGAGAGAGAGAGAGAGAGAGAGAGAGAGAGAGAGAGUGAGAGAGAGAGAGAGAGAGAUAGAUACAAGAGACCUUUGCAUUGUUUAAUAGAAAGUGAAAAAUCGGCGAUGAAAGAUCGAAAAGGUUUCAAAAGUAUCGUGCGGGAUCGAACGUUCAAACGCUCAUGCUAAUCCCAUUUCGAAGAUGUCGUGAAAUACGUGCAAUUAUUUUAUUAACUCUUCGAAAUAGGCCUACCUUCCAUUUCCAAAACAUUCGUGUCUCUAUUCAACAAGAAGAUACAUUCUUUUUAUCUUUCUGGGAUCAUCAACUACAACUCUUCGACGGAAUUGAGAAUUCCGUUCUAAGGCGAUUUUUGGAUUGAUGAAAGUGUCCGACGUUAGGGGAGAGAGGAAUGGUGUUGUGAUCACGGCGUUGUGCGCUCGAAAUUCGUCGGAUCUUCGCCGGUUCUUCUUUGAUCUUACAUAUCAUGCAACCAUUCUCGACGGGCAACACGAUGGCGACGGAGACACCGACCAGUCUGCCACCGGAGAAGGUGAGCUCGCCACCACCCUCUCGGAACUUGACCUUCUCCAUAGCGAAGAUUAUGGAACCGGACAAACGUCUAACCGAGCAAGCGAACGUAGCUCAAACAGUUCAAGCAGCGGUCGUACCACCGCCAUCGACAACGACGGCGACUCCUACGACGACUCCACCUGGUAUACUUCAUCAGGCAUCGCAUAUUCCGGCGCUUACCCAGCGUUAUUCAGCCCAUCUAGAGUCGGCCUUCAAGAAAUACGUGCCAACGUUGAGGCAUCAAAAUCUUUAUCCCCUCCUCUACUAUCAUCCGAGUCCAUUGUUAAGGGCCUUUCCAAGUUCACCAGCGACAACUCAAAGCGUUCCACAAACCUCCCCACCACCCAGUUCUGUUCAAGACACUUCUAUUUCCUCGAGGCUAAGCCUAAUGACGAUCUCACCGGAAAGUCAACGUGGAAAGAAAAGUCCGGCGCCGCGGAAUGAGCUAAACGGUACGAACAAGCAAAAGACUUUCACAUGUUCCGAGUGUGGCAAAGUCUUCAAUGCACAUUACAAUCUUACCCGGCACAUGCCCGUACACACAGGAGCUCGGCCAUUCGUAUGCAAGAUAUGUGGUAAAGGAUUUCGUCAAGCGAGUACUCUUUGCAGGCACAAGAUCAUACACACUGCUGAAAAACCGCACAAGUGUCAGACAUGCGGUAAAGCAUUUAACAGGAGUUCCACGUUGAAUACUCACACUCGUAUACACGCUAAUUACAAGCCGUUUAUAUGCGAGUUCUGCGGCAAAGGAUUCCAUCAGAAAGGAAAUUACAAGAACCACAAGUUGACGCAUAGUGACGAGAAGGCAUACAAAUGUACUGUAUGCAACAAGGCAUUCCAUCAGAUCUACAAUCUCACUUUUCACAUGCAUACGCAUAAUGAUAAGAAACCUUUCUCAUGUAAGAUAUGUGGCAAGGGCUUUUGCAGGAAUUUUGAUUUGAAAAAACACAUGAGGAAACUUCACGAUACUGGUUUACCCGUACUCGCUGGACUUGGUACUUCGAGUCAAAGUCAUAAUCAACAACCAGGAUACGCGUCGAUGCAUCAGCCACCGGAUGGACGUCCCUUCGUCAGUCCAUUCCUUCUACCACCUCCAAAUUCGACCAAUUAUCUCACUAAGAUGUUGUGACAUAGUGAGAACAUUCCUUACCCGAGGAAAACUCAAUGCCCAUUGAUGUUGGCUCCUCCUUGUUACGCCGGAGACAUCGCUCAAUUGGCCCAACCUUCAAAGUGAAAACGGAUCAAACGACAACCAAUGUGUGACCAUGACUGAAAUGACAAAUCUUAAAGCUCUCUUCGACGAUAUUUGAUCGUUCAAAAAGAAAAUAAAGAAAAGAAAAAAGAAACAAAAACAAAUACGUUUUCCCGUUUUCUCGAAUUCAUCGAAGACUUACGAAAUGAAAUGUCAUUGAAAUCCCGAUUACCGAAGGAUGCCUAUUGCUCUCGACAUUUUUGUCAAAGGCGAAUUAUGUCCGCAACGUAUCAUACACACUCCGUUGAAUCUACUCGAGUUCAGCAGUCCAAUGGGAACAUCUACACCUGUUUCGGCUAAUACAUCUAUGUAAUUCCCGCGAGAAAAAAAAUCCAAAACGUUUAUCGUUACUGACAGAUUUCGAUCGAACGUUAGCCCUCGAAAAUUGUCCUCUCGUUCUUGCUCGGUGAAUAACGUUUCAUGUAUUGUUGACCUAACAUUGUACAUGAUGAUAUCAUCAUUCGAAUUUCUUCAAGAUUAGAGAAACAUUGCUAAUCGAGAAAAAGAGAUCAGUGUUGAAUACAUAAACGAUUAAUCAAAGGUGUAUGGACUUUUUUUACAUACAACAGACAAAGAUCGAGCACUACGAGCGUUCAAACUGAUAUAUCGAGCAAAUCAAUGGAUGAUUCGAUCAGUACGCUUCUUAUCGAUGACUACACGUAGGUGUAAAUACUUGUAAAUAUUUGUAUGUGCAAAUUAAAUACAUGGUAUGAUAUGCAAUAGAUGUACAUGUGUAUGUGAGUGAUUGACUGAGAGAAAAAGAAAGAGGAAGAGAGAGAGAGAGAAAGAGAGAGAGAGAGAGAGAGAGAGAGAGAGAGAGAGAGAGAAACGUGAAAACGAUUAUAAGUAUAUAAUUUGUAAUUAAUACGUAGACAUCGUCGGUGAGACGAUUUUAAAGAAUCGUUCGAAACGAUUAAUUAAUUCAUAUGGAUCUCAAGAGAAGAUUAAAUAAAGUAAACAAAGUUUCAAUGAACAUAUGGAACAACUUAAACCAUUGAUCGCAUAUAGAUAUUUAUCAUUUAGAGAACUGUAUAAAUCGGUGUGAUAGUAGUUUUAAGUCGAUCGUAGAUAGCAAAUGAAAUGUUGGUCCUUUAUUAUAUCGAUCGUUGUAAUCAUUACGUAGAAUUACGUCGCGAUCGUUACGGCCACUGUGAUUACACGAUUACAACGGCUUUGCAAUAGAAUCAAGACGAGAGAGUAUUAUUAUGAUUACGACGAGAUCGUGUACCUAGUUCUCCUAUUUAUGCAUUUUUAUUUACGUCUUCCGAUAUUACUUACAUAUUCAUACAUACAUACAUAACAUACAUAACAGCAAAGAAACGUUCUAUUCAAAAUCAAAUACGCAUACUUCGUCUAAUUCGUUUUUUCUUCUUUAUCUCUGUUUUCUAUUAAUUUGAUCAUCAAUAUUGUGUCGAACUUAGCAAAGAAGAUCGCGAAAAUGAAUGUAUGUACGCGUUUAUACCUUACGAAUUAGAUGAAUAUUGCAGAUGUUGUCAACGAGAUUUAUUAAAUAUGAUGAUGAUGAUGAUGAAGAAGAAGAAGAAGAAAGGAACAAAAAAGAAAUCUAAAACAAAAAAAGAAAUAAUGUAUGUAGAUAAUCGAUAAAGUGUAGAUGAAAAUGCAUAUGUAUGUGUUCCCUGUUGUAAAUAUGAAUCUAUC